AUGUCUUUCUAUCGCAGCUGCAGCGAUAGCGAGGAUGAAAAUGAAGGUAUACAAAUAUGUUGGCAGGCUUCUCAAUCCAACUUAUUACAUCAAUUGGCUGGUACGCAGAUGACCAGGCUACCUCCGCCACCUCCCCUUCCACUCCCCGCUCCCUCACCCCAAAUCGCCCAGCAGCCAGCGACGACGAGCCAUUUGAAUAGAAAAUCACUCUCCUUCACUCGAAAUAACAAAUCAAGCCAGUUUAGACGCACACGUACGCGUAGAACGCGCUCUCAACUCGCCCAGCAAUCCUCAGCCUCUUUUGAGCCAACUGGAACUGACAAAGAGGAUUCUGAUAGUGAAACGACAGGAAAAAGCGUGAAGAAAGCGCGAAUUGAUAAACAGAACACUGAACUUGAUAUCCUUAUUGAGAAAGUGUCAGCGAGGUUGCAACGCGAACGAAGCUCUACUUCCUCUUUACAGGAUCACGGCGGGAGUGCAACGGCGAGCUGUAGCUAUGUCAGUGAGAGUUUGGGACAGGUGCGGCAGCCAGAAGAGCAAGUACAGCAGCCACCACAGCAGCAGCAACCACAACAACCACAACAACCACAACUAGCACCUGCACAGAAAACGAUUAUCAAACAGUCUCAGAAUCAAAACAUACCCGAAAACAAGAGCAACGUGAACAAGACCACGACUAAGAAACCUGCCAUGCGCAAACCACCACCUCCACAAGGCCCUAAUCAGCGCUUCAAACCACCGCAACGCGUCGCAAACACAAACACAUCAUUUCCACCUCAAGCCCAGCAGAGGCCUGAUGGUGCUGCUGCAAAUACUAAUAACGUGAAAACCAAACCAACAGUCCUAGAUGUGGAUGUGGAUCUACACAUGUCUUCCGGAUCAAAGUCACAAUCGCAGUCACAACGACAGCCUGUACAACCCUCACAACCCUUACAACCAUCACAGCCCCCUAGCGUUACCUCUGACGGCGCGGACUACAGCUGUGACGAUUUUGAUAUGGAUGUACUCGAACAAGUGUGCGCGCAAUUCGACUGA